UUUUUGCUUCUCCUAGAUGUAGAACGGUUUAGUAAACCACUGUGCACUUCACCAUCCUCCACCGCUGUUUAUUGCAUCCUUGACUGAGUACUGCUCACCGAUAACCAUCAUGGGGAACUUUGUUGCCAACGAGGGACUUUCCAUCUUUGUUAUACUUGUGUGGCUAGGAAUCAAUGCCUUCCUGUUUGUACAUUUCUACAUGGCCUUCCUAGUGGAGCGUUGGUUUUACACCAGAGUCCUGCUCGGGCAUGCUUUGUCUUGGGCCAGAGCACCAGCCGCUUGCCUCAACUUCAACUGUAUGCUCAUUUUAUUGCCAGUGUGCCGAAACCUCCUCUCCCUUUUCCGUGGUACCAUCCAGUACUGCAGCCGCACAGCCGCACGUCAACUGGAUCGCAACCUGACUUUCCACAAACUGGUGGCUUACAUGAUUGCCUUCCACACAGCCGUGCACAUUGUUGCACAUUUGUUUAACUUUGAGUACUUCAUGGACGCUCAGCUGAAUCGAAACAGCAGCCUACUGACCUUUGUUCUUUCUGAAAUCGGCACCGGAGACAAUGCCUCCUUCCUGAACCCAAUCAGGACCAAUGAGACAAACCCAACCAUCGUCAUGUUCACCACCAUUGCUGGGCUGACCGGAGUGGCAAUCACACUCGCCCUCAUCCUCAUCAUCACAUCGUCAAUGGAAGUGAUUCGCAGAUCAUACUUUGAGGUGUUCUGGUACACCCACCACCUCUUUGUCAUUUUUUUCAUCGGGCUGGUCUUUCAUGGCUACGGACGUAUCGUGCGAGGACAGACUCCUGCCAGUCUACAGAGCAAUGACCCUGAGCUUUGUGCUGAUCGUUUUGAAGACUGGGGAAAAAAUGAGACCAACUGUGCUGUACCUGCAUUUGCUGGUAACCCUCCAAUGACAUGGAAGUGGGUGGUAGGACCAAUGAUUCUUUAUGUGUGUGAGAGGUUGGUUCGUAUCUAUCGAUCCCAUCAAAAAGUGGUCAUCACGAAGGUUGUGAUGCACCCAUCCAAGACUCUGGAACUGCAGAUGAAAAAGAAAGGCUUUCGCAUGGAGGUGGGUCAGUAUGUCUUCAUCCAGUGUCCAUCCGUGUCGAGGCUGGAGUGGCAUCCUUUCACCUUGACCUCAGCACCAGAGGAGGAUUUCUUCACGGCCCACAUUCGCAUUGUUGGAGACUGGACUCAGGCACUGUACGAGGCCUGUGGGGGAGACAAAAAUGAGACCCAAGAAGCCUGGAAACUGCCCAAAGUAGCCAUUGAUGGCCCAUUUGGCACAGCCAGUGAGGAUGUGUUUCGCUAUGAGGUGGUGAUGCUGGUGGGAGCAGGAAUUGGGGUGACUCCAUUUGCCUCGAUACUCAAGUCUGUUUGGUACAAACGCAUCCAGAACAACCAGGAUGUGUUUACAAAGAAGAUCUACUUCUACUGGCUGUGUCCAGAGACCCAGGCUUUUGAAUGGUUUGCUGACCUUCUGCAGUCUUUGGAGGGUCAGAUGAUAGAGAGAGACAUGAGUGACUUCCUCAGCUACAACAUCUAUCUGACACGUUGGAAAGAAACUGAGGCGGCUCAUUUCCGUGUUCAUCAUGAGGCAGAGAAUGACCCGAUUACUGGGCUUAAACAGAAGACUCUUUAUGGAAAACCCAACUGGGACAACGAGUUCAACAAUAUCGCAGCAAAACACCCCAGAAGUAAAGUUGGAGUCUUCCUCUGUGGACCACCUCAACUGGGGAAAUCUUUGGAGAAACAAUGUCUGUCCCAUUCAGAGGAUGAGGUCAAGUUCAUCUUCAACAAAGAAAACUUCUAAAAGAACAGCAUUUUAAGACAUGAGCUUGUAAAAAUAAAUGUGCAAUUAAAUGCCCAUGACAUUUUUACUUUAGUUUCUUCUUUAGCCACUGAAUAUAAAGAUUAAAUUUAUAGUAUAAUGGUAUGCUAUAGUUAGAAUACGUGAUAUGUGUUUAUGUAUGUAUGUAUGUGCACGAAUGUAUAUACAGUAUGUGUAGCUAUAUUCAGUUGCUUAACAUUGCUCUUUAAAUUGUAAACUUCAGAGGAGGAUAUAGACUCAUGUUAGAGGCCCUAAAUUAAAGGGUAUACCACAA